AUGUGGUUGGAAGCAAUUGUAGUAAACAUUCUUAUACACUCUGUACAAAGGACCUCAGGAUUUGUUAACCUGGCGCAUACACCUGAUCAGACACUGCAGGGAAAUGCCUCUUGGAAUGUUGCUCCUCAUGACAGCAGCUGGACAGCUGACAAAGCGGUAGAUGGUAAUACAAAACAGGACCACCUUCCAACAUGUGCUAUUGCUGACUACAAUAGAAAUUAUAAAUCGGUUUGGUGGAAGGUCUGGUUAAACAGAAAAUUUAAUAUAGCAUAUUUGGAAAUCUAUCUGCGAUCAGGAACGACAAGUCGGGCAACAGGUUUCUACAUAUAUACUUACGAGGACGAAUUGUAUGUUCCUCCCACUGGAAACACGGGGAGUCUUGUAUACCAUCACAAUCCUAUGUCAGGAUGUCCGACGUCUCUCCAGAACAUAACUGUUAAUAAAUUAGCUCAGGGAGUAGCCUUCUUUAACGAAAGACUUGCUGGGUUUAAGUCAAGCUGUUCAGGUGCAGAAGUAACACGGACCUCAGUUGAAAUAUGCGAAGUGCGAGUAAUGGGUUGUGAGCAAAAUAGAUAUCACUUUGGGUGUACUAAUGCAUGCAGUGUUAAGUGUAAGGACAGACAUUGUGAUGCUUUUAACGGAUCAUGUAUUUAUGGCUGUUCUGAUCCAAGUGCCAUGUCCUUAGAUUGUAUCGUUUGUGAUGAUGGAACUCAUGCUGUCGAUGGAAUAUGUGAACAAUGUGGGCAUUGUAAAGAUGACACUCAGUGUGAUAAAGAAACCGGAAGUUGUUCGACUGGCUGCAAAGAAAACUGGAUAGGGAAUCUUUACCCUGAGGCCGAUGUCCGGUGUGAAUACCUGCUGGGGUGA